CAACUCGAACAACAGCAAUCGAAACAAAGUGCGUGCAAUGGAUGAGACAACAACAUUGUUUAGCAAUCAAUCGAACUCAACGGGAUCGAGUGUAGCUUCUAGUGGAACUGCUUGUGCUACGGCUGCCGUUGACGAAACUGCCACGCUGGUGUGGCACAAUUUGACUGUGAGCUGUGGAACACAGGACAGCUGGGGUACCAUUCUGCACCAUGUCAGUGGGUCGCUACUGCCAGGAAGUUUGGUUGCCCUAAUGGGACCCAGUGGAGCAGGGAAAAGCACCCUGAUGACGGCCCUAGCCUAUCGGAGUUCGGCCAACACCACCAUCACGGGAGAAAUUCGCCUGAACGGUGAGCAAACCGGGCCCUUCAUGUACGACAUGACUGGUUUCAUUUACCAGGACGAACUGUUCUGCGGAGCCCUAACCGUCGGUGAACACAUGCACCUGAUGGCCAGGCUGAAGCUGGGACCAUCGCUAUCGACCUUCGAAAGACAUCGCCUAGUUAACGAACUGCUAACCAAGGCUGGUCUUCAAAAAUGCUAUCACACCCGAAUUGGAGAAGUCGGCCAAAGAAAAACCAUCUCCGGUGGCGAGAAGAAGCGACUUGCCUUCGCCAUCGAGCUGCUCUCCAGGCCGAAGAUACUGUUCUGUGAUGAACCUACCACCGGACUGGACUCGUUCAGCGCUAGGCAGUUGGUGCAAAUGAUGCAAGGGUUGACCCGAUCCGGCGCGUCAGUCAUGUGCACCAUCCAUCAGCCGUCCGACGAACUGUUCUACAUGUUCGACAGCGUCCUUCUGCUCUCUAACGGAAGAGUCGGUUUCAUGGGAAAGCCUCACGAGGCGAAGCAGUUUUUCGGAAGAUUCGACCUGGCUCGGCCUCAAAACUGCACAACGACGGAGUUCUACAUAAAAUGUCUUUCUUCAAAUAGGGAAGCUUCGGAUCGACUGAAACCUGAGGCGAUUUGUGAUCAGUAUGAAGAGAGUGACAUUUACCACCAGCAGGAGUUGAUUAUUAGCUCGGAAAUUUUACUAUCCCGGCAUGGCUAUCGGCAUAAUUUCUGCCGGAAUGCGCUGCGAGACAAGCAUAAUUGGCUGUACACGUUGAACUGUUUGAUAAGGAGAAAUUUUCUUCAAGCUCACCGAAAUCCACAGUUACACUACAUGAAACUGGCACAAAGGAUUGUAAUUGCUGUUCUGGUGGGUUUGUGUUUUUCCGAUGCAAUAGAGCUGAGCCAAGCCGGAGCACAAGCAGUACAAGGUAUAAUUUUCCUGAUCGUCUCGGAGAACACCUUCCUUCCGAUGUAUGCCGUACUGUCGGUAUUUCCCGAGUCGUUCCCGUUGUUUCUCCGGGAACGCAAGGCGAACCUGUACAGUACGGUGCAAUUCUAUAUUGCUCAGAUUUUAGCCAUGCUUCCUUUCGUUUUGCUGGAAUCCACAAGCUUCAUCCUGAUAGUAUACUACCUCGCGCACCUCCGACCGACAAUGCUAGGGCUGUUGUGCACCGUUGGAGCCUGCGUCCUUGUGAUGAACGUCUCCAUGGCAUGCGGCUGUUUCUUCUCAACGAUGUUUCCUUCGGUACCGAUGGCAAUGUCCUACCUCGUGCCAUUCGACUACAUUCUAAUGAUAACGUCCGGCAUCUUCAUUCGGAUACGAACAAUUCCAAAAGCGCUGCGCUGGCUACCGUUCAUCUCUUGGAUGAUGUUCGCAAGCGAAGCCAUCUCUAUUGCUCAAUGGGACGGAAUAAGUUAUCUGGAUUGCGAAGGAAUUCCUGAGAGAGCUUGCCUUCACGACGGUGAUGACGUAUUGCAGCAGUACUCCUUCGGCAGCAGCCAUCUAGCGUUGGAUUUCGCUGCUCUGAUAAUGCAGUAUUUUUUGUACCAUGGCCUAGCGCUGCUGUUUUUGCGGAGACGGGCCUCGAAAAGUUGAUAACGACGACCCAAGUUUCAGUUUAUUUGUUACCUAUACGAAACAGAUUGUGUAUUGCAAACUCACCGUUAGACGCAGAAAAUCA